AUCACUUCCACGUGUUUGUUGGGGAUUUGAGUCCAGAAAUUACAACAGAAGAUAUCAAAUCAGCAUUUGCCCCCUUUGGUAAAAUAUCGUAAGUAUCACAAUCAAUACUAUAUUCAGUAGUGAUAAGCACAAUUGUAUAUGAUUAACUUGUACCGGAACUAAGAUUUUCUUUCCCUAGUUAGUGUGAUUUUUUUUGUUUGUUGGUUGAUUUGUUUUGUUUUUUUGAUUAGUAGAUGUUGUUGAAAAUGUUAAUGUCAUUUCAGUGUUUUGGGGUCUUGUUUUCAUCUAAUCCUGUGUAUAAUAUGUUAAAAAUUUUUAAGUGAUUCUGUUUGUUAUCUUUGAAGCAGAUGUUUGGGUGGUAAAGCCUAUUAUAAAGUCCAACUUUCUGUCAAAUGUUUUUAAAGUUUGGUGGUUAACCAAAAGUGAAUGUGAUGUAUGCUGUGUAUUAAAUUUUUAUAGAAGGAAUUAUAAAUUGGGAAAAGUAGGUAAAUCCUUGGGUAUAUUGUGGUUGAAUUGGAAAUGUACAUGUUUAAUUAUAAUGAUAAAUGUGUUUUAAUAUUUUAACUCAAAAGUAGUACUGUUACAAUAUUAAAAUGUUUCAUUGUCUGAGCCAUAAAUGUGGGAUUAAUUAGUAGAUGUUUCUUUGUUAGUGGUAUUUGAUUCUGCUAGUUAGGGCCCAAAUGUGGUUUGAUUUUUAGCAAAGUUAAUGCUCAAAUUUCACUAUGUGUUACAUGAUCAAAUAUAUUGGAAAAUUAAAAGUGGUUUUAUAAGUUUUAUAAAAUGUUUAUCACAAUUUAUCUUUCUGAUUAAAAUUCGUGUAAUGUUUAUGUACUUCCUGUAGAUUUAAAUUAAACGUUGUAGUACUACUUUACAGGAAUGUGUUUCAACUCAGAACAACAAUACUUUUCUGUAUACAAUUUGUUGUUCUAUAGAUUUAUUUGAAAGAAAGAUUUAAUUCUUAAUUUUCUAUUUUGAUAUUUGCUUUGCUUUUUAAUCUUUAAAUGUGGUAAGUAGUACUGUUUUAAAAAUCAAUAUAAAAAAUAAUACAGGUUGCUGUUUUUCAAUCUUUAUUUAUACCUGAGACCUGCAGUUUUUCUAAAGUCCAAGUCACAAUUAAAAGUAAUAGCAUUCUGGUUAUUUUGCAGAAUUGCUCAUAAGAAUGGACAGGAUCUUGAAGGCUAACUGCAAGGAACUGUGCACACUGGAACUCAGUUGUAGAUUUUUUUCUCAUUUCUAUUUAUUCUUAUUAUACAUUAUUUAUAUAUACAUAUUUUAGUAUUUACAUUUUAACAUUCUAUAUUCAGUGGAGUUCUAUAUUUCCAAUCAUUUUAACUUACUCACUAAAAUUUCUGUGUAAAUUUGUUGUUUUCGUACUGGUGUGCUUAGCAUUGUUGUUAGUUUUUUAUUCUCCUUUCUUAAAUUUCUGAAAAUGUCAAUUUUUCAAAAUUUACAGCUGCCCAAACUCCAAAAUGAUGAUAGAGAAUUGACCAAGAAAAAUAAAGAAAUCUGUUAACAGGCCAUGGAUGCCCGAGUAGUUAAAGACAUGGCAACUGGAAAAUCCAAAGGCUAUGGUUUUGUAUCUUUUUAUAACAAACUGGAUGCAGAAAAUGCAAUUGUGCAUAUGGGAGGUCAGUGGUUGGGUGGUCGUCAGAUCAGAACCAACUGGGCCACACGUAAACCACCUGCACCUAAAAGUACACAAGAAAAUAACACUAAGCAGUUGAGAUUUGAAGAUGUAGUAAACCAGUCAAGUCCAAAAAAUUGUACUGUGUACUGUGGGGGAAUUGCCUCUGGGUUAACAGAUCAGCUUAUGAGACAGACUUUUUCGCCAUUUGGACAAAUUAUGGAAAUAAGAGUUUUUCCAGAGAAAGGCUAUUCGUUUGUCAGAUUUUCAACCCAUGAAAGUGCGGCCCAUGCCAUUGUUUCGGUGAAUGGCACUACUAUUGAAGGACAUGUUGUUAAAUGCUAUUGGGGUAAAGAAUCUCCUGAUAUGACUAAAAACUUCCAACAGGUCGACUAUAGCCAGUGGGGCCAGUGGAGCCAGGUUUAUGGAAACCCACAGCAGUACGGACAGUAUAUGGCAAAUGGGUGGCAAGUCCCGCCUUACGGAGUAUACGGGCAACCAUGGAACCAGCAAGGAUUCGGAGUAGAUCAAUCACCUUCUGCUGCUUGGAUGGGUGGAUUUGGUGCUCAGCCUCCCCAAGGACAAGCUCCUCCCCCUGUAAUACCUCCUCCUAACCAAGCUGGAUAUGGUAUGGCAAGUUACCAAACACAGUGAGCUGGGACUCUAAACAAAAUUGUAAUUCAUGAUAGCUUCAGUUUCCUGUGACACUCUGAAGACAUGAAAGUAGACAUCGGAAAAUGAAAAUAUUUAUUUUAAAAAUUGAAAUGUUUGGAACCUUUAGCACAGCUUUGCUUUGGUGAAGGACACAUGUCUUCUAGUUCUGCCUUUUUAAGUUUUUGUUCAUGAUGGAUAUGAACAUGAUUUUUCUUUGUGUACAAAAACUAAAAUAAAGUCAAUAAAGACAAUUCUGACUACAAAUUUUGAUAUAAUAGGAGAAAUGGGUAAUACGUUUUGAUUCUUAGAUACUAUUCCAUUUUUAUCUUGCUGUUCAGUAUUUUAACUCACUGUGUUUUUAAAAGAGCAAAAAAAGGGAGGAUCGUGAAAAACUGGGAAUCACACAUAAGUUCAUCCUGAACCUUGAUACUCCCCUCCCCUCCCUUGAGGUGGACCACAUUUGAAGUCAGCAGGAAAAAAGUGUGAUAUUGGAAGAAAUUGCAUGAUUUUGGAGUCGCUUUGGAGGAAAUACUUUAUGCCUAAAGAAACCGAAGCCAGACUGAUAAAGAAAUUUUCAAGCUAAAUAAGGAACAGCAUUAUCUGAGUUACUUGAGCAAAUGUUGGUGGUCCACAUUUAAGACAUAUUUUUAAAACUUUAAAAAGUGUUGAUUAUUAAAAUUGUAGUAAAUUACAUUUCAUUUUGGGGGGAAAUUCCAAGUAUGGUGUUUGUAUUAAAAUCAGACAGUCAUACUUGUGCUUUUACAUGAAGUUAAAAUGAUAUACAUUGUAAAUAUUUGAAUAACUACAGUGUUUAAAAAGCAUGCUUCAACAUAGAAGUAGCAGCAAUGUAAUUAUUUGAAGUAACACUUCACACUCUCCACUGCAUUGAAUGCAAUGGAUUGAUAAGAAUGUUUAAGACUGACACUUCCAAGGUUGGCUACUAUGUAAAAUUAAAAUUAUACAAAUUACUAUACAGAAAAGGCCUUAAUUUUAAUUUCAUACAAAUCUUUGAUCUUUGAUGCAUUAGUACAUUUUAAAAUGUCAUUGGAAAUUAGAUUUCUUUUUUUUUUUCUUUUUCUUUUUCUUUACAUCACUUGGUAUGUAAAUACUUUAAUUAAAACCUUGUAAACCUAUUUCAAGGUUCCUAUAAGUUGUAUAGUACAAGUGUUUUUAAAAAAUCUUGGGGUGUUUUUUAAAACUAGAUAUAUUUUGCCCAAGAAUUUUUUUAACAAGAUUGCUAAAACAUCUUAUUUAGACAGUUUGAUGUACCAAUUUAUAAUUGGAUAUUCAGCUUAAGUAGUACACAGAGUUGUGACUUUUAUUUUUAUUUAACUUGUUUUCCUUGUGGGUCGUGUGCAUGGGAUGACAAGCCUGAGCAGAGGCUGAGUUGUAUGUGUGCAGAGCUUGUAAACGAACCAGUUAGGUAGAUAUGGAAGACUGAAGUUUGCUUCUGGGGUGUUUUUCAGGCUAUGUGGAUAAAAUCAGCCUCAAAGUUCUAUCCCAAGGUAAAAUCGUAUGUAUUUGACUUCUGACAGCUAGAGGGUGCAAAUGUUUAGGCAGUGUGUUUGAAAUGCUGCUUUGAGGCCUGGGCACCAAGAUGAGAAAACCCUUACCAGUUACGUGGUAAGAUGCAAUUAAUACCCACAAAUGACUAUUUUUUAAACUUUUGAAGUCUUACAACUAGCUUUAAAAUAACAAUGGUUUUAUAAAUUGGUGACCACAAUACUUUUGGUAUUAUUUGUCUUCUUCCCCCAUUUAGGAGAACAGUCAAAUGUAUUGAACGUGAAUAUUUGCAGGGUCUGAAGCUCAUCGUUGGGCCAGAUUUGUUACGGCACUUUAGUGUUAACCGCAGGAGUCCUGUGACACUCUUCUGUAUAAAAUCUACCCUUAUUAUUUGUUUAUGGCUAGUGUCCUUGGGGGAUGUUACGGAAAAGUUACUUUAUAUUUUAUAAGGAGAACACUCACAUUAUAUCAAUUAUGCUUCCUAGUUUAAAAUUUCUUGAAUAUAUGUGAAACUUGAACAACUGAAGACUUUUUUUUAAUAUACCAGUAUUCUCAGUUCGCCUUUUUUGGUCUGCCAGUAAAUUAAAUACCUUUUUUGCAAUAGCAGCUCCAUGUAGCUGCAGUGUUUUCCUGGUUGUAUAUUCUGAUUUAAUAAAAUUACCCAGACUAGUUAUAUCGCCAUAGUAAACAUAUUACUGAAGUGUCCUUCGUCUCAAUCCAAAAGAGAGAAAGAUUUCAUGAUCAGUUCACUUAAUGGAAGUUAUUUCAUAUUAAAUGGUUUUUAAAAUACAAAGCUACUUAUCCAAAUGAAACGCACCAUUUUAAAACAACUGUCAAGCUAACACAGACUCAAGUCUAUUUUAUAACAAAGUGAAGUCAGUGCUAUCUUGAUCAGUUUAAGCCUAAGAAUCGUUGCCUUUUCCAUGUUCGUUAAAAUGCAGAGAUUCUUUGGCGUGCAAGAAAAUGUUUAUUUCUUGAUGAUUCUGAGAUUUAUUUUGGUGAUGUGUUUCUGACUGCCAUCUUCUUUGCUCUAAUAAGCUCUCUCCUAGCACUUCCCCCAUGCCAUUCCCACUUGAUUUUUAUGUCGCUGGCAGUGAGAGGCUAAAAUGACUGGCCAACAUAAGCCAAAGCUGUAAACCACAGUUGAAGUAAGUCUUUCAAUAAAGACUAGACUCUAUGAUAA